GUCUUCGUUUUGCAUCAGCUACAGCCAGUGUCAAGCCUGAGACCCAAGUGGACACAAGCGAAAAUGAGAUUGUUGCCCCAGACUUCACUAACAGGAAUCCUCGGAACUUGGAGCAGUUGGCCUUGGCUAGGAAGGAGCGUGGCUGGAAGACAACGUGGCCAAAGCGUGAAUUCUGGCAUAGGUUACGGCUUGAGCGGACACAGCAUUAUGUAGAAGCCUUUGUUGAGCGCUCUAACGGGGAUGUUGUGUUGUCUGCCUCUACCCGGGAGUGGGCCAUAAAGAAACACCUGUACAGUCCCAAGGGAGUAGCAGCAUGCAGAAACCUUGGCCGUGUGAUGGCACAGCGCUGUUUGGAAGCAGGAAUCAACUUUGUGAACUUUAAAGCUGUUAUCCCCUGGGAAUAUCGUUGUGAUUCGAUUCAGGAAUUCGAAAAAGCUAUGCAGGAGGGUGGUGUCAUUCUGCGUGAGCCACGAAGAAUCUAUAAGUAA